AUGGUUUCUACUUUCUUUAGCUAUAUUACUACUCUAUGGCAAAUUUUCUUUUCCAUAAUCCUUAAGAUAACAAGCAAAUUAUUGGGUACUACAAGAAAUAAGCCAUUAUUGCCUCCAGGUCCAAAACCAUGGCCAGUAUUUGGUUGCAUUCCUCAAAUGGUACUAAACAAGAAGCCAGCAUUUGAGUGGAUACACAAACUAAUGGAGGAAAUGAAUACUGAAAUUGCUUGCAUUCGUCUUGGUAAUGUUCAUGUCAUUCCUGUCACUUCUCCUGAGCUUGCUUGCCUAUUUUUAAAGAAUCAAGACUCGAUUUUCUCGUCGAGUCCUAUUUGCAUGUACGCAAACCUCGUUAGCAAUGGCUGCUUGACUUCACUUUUUCUUCCUAUGGGUGAUCAAUGGAUGAAAAUGAGAAGAAUCCUUCCUUCCCAUGUCCUCUCAGCUACAUCAUUUCAAUGGCUUCCUCGUAAGAGAGAUGAAGAAGCUGACCAUAUUAUUCGAUUCGUUUAUGAUCAGUGCAUUAACAAACGUCUUGUUAUUAACUUGAGAAAAGUGACAAGAUACUAUUGUGCAAAUGUUAUUAACAAUAUGAUUUUCAGCAAGAGAUUACUUGGAAAAAGAAUAAUAGAAAAUGGAGGACCAUUAGUAGAAUUACAACAAGAUCAGGAGAAGCAAAUUGAUGCAAUUUUUACACUACUUGAAUAUUUUCAUUCUUUUAGUAUCUCAGAUUACUUACCAUGGUUAAGUAGAUUUUAUUUAGAUGGUCACAAGGCAAUUAUUAAGAAAGCCUUUCCCAUAGCAACAAAACACAUUGAUCUUGAAAUUGACCAGAGGAUUCAUAUUUGGAAGCAUGGCAACAAAAAUGUGGAAGAAGACAUCCUUGAUGUUCUUAUCAUGCUCAGAGAUAGUAAUGGGAAUACUAUGUUGAAUGCUAAAGAGAUUAAAGCGCAAGUCCUUGAAUUCAUGCUUGCUAUGUUAGAUAAUCCGUCAUAUGCUUUCCAAUGGACAAUCAAAGAAAUGUUGAACCAACCAAUGAUAAUGCAAAGGGCCAUAGAAGAGAUUGACAAUGUCAUUGGGGGCAAAAAAUUUGUUCAAGAAUCCGACUUGCCACAGUUAAAUUAUGUCAAAGCUUGUAUUAAAGGGUCAUUUCGACUACAUCCCUUGGCGGCUUUUAACGCUCCUCAUGUGUCAGUAUCAAAUUCUGUUGUUGGUGAAUACUUCAUAAUAAAGAAUGUACGUAUACUUAAUAGCUGCCAUUACUACUCUUCUUCUACACUUAGAAAUAGAGCUGUCAAUAUGGGCUGGGUCGGGCUAGCCCAGCUCGGUCUACGUGGACUUUAG